AAAUUUUUCAGUAUCACUUACACGAUUUCAUAAACGGAUAUAAUACAUUUAUGUCUGUACAAACAAAGCAUGUGUUAUUGACACUGUAUCCCCGCAUAUAUUGCUGGACAAAAAUGUUUGCGUUAAAUAAAAGAAAUAAUCUUGUCUUAUCAUAUCACGAUACUCCAUGAAAAUAUAAUAUUGACUGCAUAAGAAAAAAUAGCAACGCUUUUCAAAAAUAAUUUGAAGAUUGAAAUUUACAGUAUCUGUACAACUAUAUGUCGACCAUAUAAUAUACCACGUGGAGAUAAUAAAUUUGAGAUACCGUCUCAUGCAAUGACUACGAGAAUUUAACAUCCACGCAAAUACGUUAAUUAUAGCUAUGACUAAUUAUCAUUUACCGUGCACAGUUAAAAUACUAAUCACGCAAUUUUCCCAGUUCUCUCGCAACUGAACUGAUCAAUCAACUUAAACCCGUAAGGAACAUUUCUAACCUCAAUCAUGCAUCAGUCAAUGCUACUAAUUGUCUUGAGAACUAAAAAACCCAUUAUCACGUAUACUUACAAUAUCGUUAUGCCAAAGUAUUUCACUAUUUCCAUAGAAUUACCCGAAAAGAGAAAAAUUAUUGUAACUCACAUGGUUGGUCUCACGCAUCAGGACACGACGAAGGUUCGUAACUGAAAAGCCAGCUGAUCGUCGGCGCGUUAUUCUCGUCAAUAUUAUUACGCAGAAAGAUAUAUGUACUGUUUUUAUACAGUCUAUUUUUUCAAACAUUUUAGUUUAGGCAUUUACAAUUGACGCCGUCACAGUAUUGCAGAUACGGACGAAUAAAUGAGGUAACAAAGAAGACAACAUGACGCUUUUGUUCUAAUAAAUCUUGAUGACUGACAGGUUUGUCAAUAGACAUACUGCGUGGAAAAAUUUGGACUUUUAAUUGGUGAAAGGUUACUUGCUAUUCUAUUUGGCGAAUAAUGCAGUAAUGAUUUUACUGUUUGCUUGAAUGCAGUUGGUAUUCUGUUACGAGUAUUAAACAAGGAACAAAAAUUUCACACGGUCGAUUAACGCGAUUCGAGAAUGCGGGACUGGUCUGCGUGAAACGAAAAUGGUUUUACGUCAUGCUUGCGCGUGAAGAGUUGAUCCAAACCGAGACUUAUCAGUGGCAGAAGGACUGUAUAUAAGAUUGGUCCCUUGUAUGGAACGCUCAGUAUGCUGUAACACUAUAAAGAUAUAAUGAGAUACAGUGAUAAACUUAUAGAGUUAAUAGUUAAUUGUAUAAUCGUGUUUAGACUUCGCAACAAUGAAAAACAUUGAAAAAUCAGGAAAUAAUAAGACGGAAGUCUUCGCGAUCACUUUGUCGGAUGAUAAUGUAGAUCGCGGAUUAUCAGCUCCCGAAGAACAUUCUCCAACUGAUCAUGCAUAUGACUUUGACUCCGCCAUAGCUCUUACUGACUUUGGCCGUUUCAACAUAAUGCUAUACUUAGCCAUAAUGCCAUGUGCUUGGGGCUGUAUAUUCGAUACCACAAGCAUAUCCUACGUACUUCCGUAUGCAGAAUGUGAUUUAGGAAUGACAUUGUUUCAUAAAGGGCUACUAAACGCUAUAAUAUAUGCCGGAAUGAUGUCCAGCGCAUGUGUAUGGGGAUAUUGGGCUGACACAAUUGGACGGCGCCCUCUGUUGCUGUACGGCCUAAUAUUGGAUGCACUUUGCAACUUCCUCAUCAGCACUUCGCAAUCCUUCUAUGUUCUGCUGACUUUCAAAUUUUUCAGUGGCUUUAUUGUGAAUGGUCCAUUCGCAAUAAACAUGACCUUCGUUGCGGAAUAUCAUAGUGAGAAAUAUCGAUCACGUGCUCUUUUACUGAUAGGACUCUUUAAUGCGUCAGCCCAAUUCGUCUUGCCGUGUGUAGCUUGGAUCGUCAUACCUCAGGGUUGGUCUUUCGAAUUACUCGAUGGAGCCUUUGUCUACAAUUCCUGGCGUCUCUUCCUGUUCUUGAGUGGUCUUCCUUGCUUCAUUGCUUCCUUGACAGUGUUGUAUUUCCCGGAAAGUCCAAAAUUCCUGAUGACACAGGGAAAGAACGAGGAGGCGCUGAAAGUCUUCCGAUGGAUGUAUUCGUUGAAUACUGGAAAUCCGCCGGAAAUGUUUCCAGUCAAGGUGCUACGACAGGAGGAUUUUGCUAAGAAACUUAACGAUAACAAGCUAAGGAAUCCGAAUUUUUGGCAAAAGACUUACAAUCGAUUGGUGCAAAUGUCGCUGCUAUUUAGGAAACCGUAUUUCAAGUCUUUUAUGCUUAUUGCAGUUUUGCAAUUUGGUAGCAUUUUGGGCUUGAACACAUUGCGUCUCUGGUUACCUCAAUUGUUCACUGUAAUGGAAAAUUAUCAGAGUAUGCAGUCCGAUCCAGAAGUUGGUUCAGGUACUUUUUGCGACGCCGUGAACAACAUGACGAGUUUAAGCAACAACCGUGUAAAUGAUGCAAAUACAUCAGAUAUAUGCGUACCGGUUCCGGUUCCAGACGCGGUAUAUAUAAACUCUCUGAUUGUUUCGGCAACAUCAGUAAUUUUGUAUUUGCUUUCAAGCGUGGCAAUUAAUAAAAUCAGCAGGAAGAUUCUUAUGAUGAUCUCCUUCUUCUUCUCGUCUCUGGGUUUCUUCGUAUUCUACUUGUCACCCAACUCUGAUGUGGUUUUGGCUCUCUCCGCAUUAACUGUUUCCUUUUCGAAUAUAACAACUCUCACGAUUACUAGUAUUUUGGUUGAAUUGAUGCCUACGUCUCUCAGAACUUUAGCAAUCUCUCUUGUUAUGAUGAUCGGACGGCUUGGUGCGGUUAGUGGAAAUCUUGUAUUCCCUAUUCUUCUGAAUCUAGGAUGUUACGUACCUUUUUCGACCAUUGGAGGUUAUCUAGCUUUAUGCCUUUUGAUUGCUAUCUUCAUCCCAAAACCAUCUGGAAUACUUGUAUAGGCGUAUGCUGUAUUAUGGUAUUGCUUUGUAUGUACAUACCGAGACAUGCGGAGCCAAUCAUUAUGAAAGGUCCUAAACAACCUAUAUUUAAUAAAAUAGGAAAUAAUAAAUUUCCUAUAACAGCUCCGAAUCUGCCAAUUACCAUGGUUACACUG